UUUGUUCCUUUCACACUCUCUCUCUUUCUCUCUCUCUCUCUGAAACUGUUACUAUUAUCUCAAAGAGUGUGUUGUUGUCUACAAAUGAAGGAUUUGGAUUUGUGCAUUUGAGAUAUUCAUCUAGGUAUAUGGAGAAGAAAGAGAUGGCUGUGAUGAGUGUGAAGAGUGAAGAAGAUGUUGUUGUUGGUGUUGGUGGUGGUGGUUCUUCAUCUUUGCUAAACGGUUUUCAGUUUUCAAGCGUGUUUGAUUUCUAUGAGGUAGAAAAAAGCUCUUCUUUAGGGUUUAUGGAGUUACUGGGUGUGGAAAACUAUAGUUCUUUGCUUGAUGUACCGCAACUAUCAACCAUGAGUCAUCAUCAAACUACAGUUAAGUCUUCAUCUGAUACUAAUGGAAAAGAGUGUUCUGAGGUUUUGAAUCAUCUUCCUCAAACUCCUAACUCUUGCUCGAUUUCAUCGGCCUCUAGUGAAGCAGUUAAUGAUGAACAACAUAAUAAGAUUCUUGUUGACCAAGUCCAAGAAGAUGAAGAUGAAGAAGAAGAAGAAAAACAAAAAACCAGCAAACAGUUGAAGACUAAGAAGACAAAUCAAAAGAGACAGAGAGAACCAAGAUUCGCGUUCAUGACGAAAAGCGAGGUGGAUCAUCUGGAAGAUGGGUACAGAUGGAGAAAGUACGGUCAAAAAGCUGUCAAAAACAGCCCCUUUCCGAGGAGCUAUUAUCGCUGCACCACUGUUUCAUGUAAUGUGAAGAAACGUGUGGAGCGGUCUUAUACUGAUCCAACCAUUGUAGUCACAACUUAUGAAGGCCAACACAUUCAUCCUAGUCCAGCUAUGUCCCGUUCCGCCUUCGCCGGAGUUCAGAUACCACCGCCGAACGCUGUAUCCGGUGGGUUUCCAACAAACUUUGGUUCAGUUUUGCAAGGGAACUACUUGUCUCAAUAUCAGCAGCAACAACACCAUCAACAUCAACAUCAACAGCUACUGGUUAAUACAUUGUCCUCUUUGAGUCACCCUUACCACCAAGAGAGGAAGCUUUGUAAUCCAGGGACAAGUUCCUUUCUUAGGGACCAUGGUCUUCUUCAAGAUGUUGUUCCUUCACAUAUGUUGAAAGAAGAGUAAAUAUGAUUUGAUAAAUAGCUUCAUUAUUACUUUCUAUGUUAGUAUUUCUUUCUUUUUUAGUAUAUUUUCUUGCUGACUUUUUCUGUAAGACUUAGGUAACAACUAUGUAACUUUUCUUUCUGAUAUGACGGAUAGGUGGUGAGGGUGAUAUAUUACUAUUAGUGAUGAAUGAUAAUCAUCAUCUUGUAAAGACCACUUUAUCUUUAUUGCAUAUAGCCCACAUCAUGAUUA